AUGUCUGCUUUUACAACAUCUCUGCGCCCGUUCAUGCGCGCUUCUUCUCACCCUGGUCUUUCGGCGCGCUCCUUCAGUUCCUCCUCGUCGCGUUCGGUUGCCCGUAUGAUCAUCACCGGCCGUCUUGCGGCCGAGCCCGAGCUGCAAGCCACCUCAACCGGCCAGGACGUCAUCAAAUAUGCGGUGGGAACCUCCUACGGUUCCCGGGAUAAUCGCCAGACAAGUUGGUUCCGCAUUGCAAGCUUCCAACCCGAGGGCGCUCAGCGUGAUCUCCUCCUAAGCUUGCCAAAGGGAACCUUGGUCUACGUUGAAGGCGACGCAAGCAUGCGGCAGUGGGAGGAUGCUGAAGGCAAGAAGCAGUCAUCCCUAAACAUAAUUCAACGGUCUCUCGAGGUUCUCAAGCGCCCCUACAACGCCGAGGCAGGCAGCUCCGAAAACUAUACAGCCUAA